AAUUUAUACCAGGUUCGUUGCGCGAGUUUACAUUCCAAGACCAUUAGAACACCCGGGAAAAACUAGGUUUCCAGGUCAUAAAUAUACAUGCCAUAGUUAUUGUGAAUGUCCUGAAAGAAGUUGAGCGCCGAGUCCGAUUGAUUCAUUAUAUAGGUAAGUUUUAAUAUCAUCCCAGCGUGUUGAGAAAACCGAAUACGAGAUAUUUCUCCUGAAGAAGCUGUAGUUUGCACAAAAGAUUGUUCAGAAAUUUUUAACACGCUGGGACUAUAUAUACAUAUACAUAUAUUAACUUGACUUUCGUCCAAAAAGCUUGCAAGGGUGUAGGUUUUGAAUUCAGCCUCUUUUUCCGCUUGCAGUCUAAAACUGAGGAUGUGGACAUAGCAUUUAAUCUUUAGUAUUUCAUCCUGGUUGUUAUCCUUUUGACUUCAGUUUAGUAGGAAUUUGUUAGCCGUAGGUAAAUCUUUGUUUCACUUCAUCUGUGACCUGCGCUCAAUACAAAGAUUUUCCUGAGUUAAGAUGGCUCGUAGGUAUGAUACAAGAACGACAAUUUUCUCCCCUGAAGGCCGCUUGUACCAAGUGGAAUAUGCAAUGGAAGCUGUGGGACAUGCAGGUACAUGUUUGGGAGUUGUUGCGAAAGACGGGAUAGUUUUGGCUGCUGAGAAGCGUUUUAUUAACAACCUACUGGACGAGACAGUAUUUUCUGAAAAGAUUUACAAGAUCAAUGAUGACAUAGCAUGUGCUGUCGCUGGUAUUACAGCUGAUGCUACAGUUUUGAUUAAUGAAAUGCGCCUGAUUGCUCAAAGAUAUUUGCUGUCUUACCAAGAGCCUAUGCCCGUAGAACAGCUUGUUUGUCAUAUAUGUGACCUCCAACAUGGAUAUACUAUGUAUGGUGGUAGAAGACCCUUCGGUGUCUCCAUGCUGUUUAUCGGAUGGGAUAAGCGUUACGGUUAUCAACUAUAUCAGACAGAUCCAUCAGGCAACUUCCUAGGAUGGAAUGCCACAUGUAUUGGGUCGAAUUCAACUGCAGCUGGAUCCAUUUUGGAACAAGAUUACAAUGCUGACGCAACAGUUGAAGAAGCCACCAAACUGUGCGUAAAGGUUUUGUACAAAACAAUGACAAUGUCUAAACUGACUUCUGAAAAGGUUGAGAUUGGCGUACUUCAAAGACGCAACGAGAAGACCUAUGUCCGUCUUAUCAAUCAAAGUGAAGUUGACACCUUGAUAAAAACAGUUGAAGGUGAAGAAACUCAAAAAAGUGAUACUUGUACAGUAAUUUACAAAUCAUAAAAUUUUAUUAUAGU